UCCAAUCGAGAAAUUUAUUGGUAAAGAUACAAAAGAUGCAUGAACAUUUCAUAAUGAGUUUUCAUAUUGAUCUAACUCAUUUUCCUUUACCAAUUCGUCCAAUUUUUUCAUCUGUUCUGGAGUCAAAUCUAGCUGUGAGUAUAUAUCCAGCAGCUUCUCCAGAUACUCGAUUCGUUUUUCCAGUUUUUUUAUUCUUGAAUUUUUUUGGGCCAUCAUAGCAUCUAUCAAUAUGUCCAAAGGUAUCAUUUUAUCAGGACACGUUCCCUGAAAUUUUCAGUCAACGGAGCCUUAUGGGACAUGUAAUCAUGAGUUACUUACUCUCUCAUUUUUGGCCAUGUACUCGAGAAUAUGUUGUCUUCUUUCUUCCACUGUAUCGCUCCAUGCUCGUAUAUCUUGAGCAGAAGGGUAGUUUUUCAUGCGCCCUUCUGAUCUUAUGUGAACGACUUCUUCUACAGGGCCCUUAUCGAAUGCCCUAGUCCUUUUAUUGAUGUACGACAUGCUUGUGGAUCUGAAGAAACUAACGAAAUAUGGUUGUGGUGGAUUGAAUCCUACAUCGAUGAAUUUUUGACUUUGUCAGCGAAAGUACGACAGUGACAGUAUGAUUUAUUUGUCAUGUAAUGUCAUCCAAAGUUCAUCAAAAUUCACAUCAACUUCAAUCCUGAUCAGUAUGAUAAUAUUUGUAUACUUUUUGUUCAAGACAUUCCCCAUGAAAAACUGAACUAAGUUUGCUCAAUAAUAUUCCACCAUGACUUUUGUUAACAGAAAAACUCGCCUGUUUAUGGAUAGGGGUGACUUGAAACCCGAAAGAAGACGUUCUGAGUCCAGACUGAAGACCUAUCCAUCUGCUAUAGAUGUAAGAGCUUGGUGUGAUACUGUCGAAGACAGAAGACAGCAUAUAUUAGAACUCGUCACCAAAGAGAGAGAAAAAUGUUUAGGAAAGAUUAUACCUUUAGAUGUCAUCAUCGAUUCACUUAUGGCUUCAAAAAAUGCAGACCUAAAGGAAAUGAAAGAUGCUUUAGCUGAACUAUAUGCAUUUCUAGACCAAUGUGACCUAAGUGAUGAAGAUAAGAAGAAAUUGGCCAUACUGAAAAGUCGCCUUGGAAAAAUGGCCUCACCAGACGACUCCACCCAAGGAUAUCUUGCUACGAAACAAGAAAUGACAUUAGGGCCACAAUUACAUGAUAAACUUGCUCAAUCGUCAUCUGGUACUGAUGGACUAGGAAGCCUACGUUCUUAUACUGUCCGAUCAAAAGGUCCAGCCCGUAUGGUCACCAAACUCAAAGGCAUUCAGCCAGGAACCCAAGUUCCAGUUAGUGGUAUAUCCAGUAAGACUCCCGGACCAGCCACAUUCAAGAUCGAGAUAAAAAAUGGUCCUCCUGGUUCUCAAACUGUUCAAGAUGAUUCCGGAGUUGAUGCUGAUUGUACCCCAGAUGGUGUUUGCGAGAGAAGAAUGGUGAAGAGAGAAAUAGGCGAAGCUUCUGAUUUAGAAGGAGCUGACCUCAUGGAUGAGGUUCUCAAGUUACAAGAUGAGUUAGCAGCAAGAGAUGCUCUUUGCGAAGAACAACAAAGCAGCAUUGAUGCCUUGAGAAAUGAACGUGACAAACUGAACAAUCGUAUUGAAGAUUGUUUAGCAGAACUGGAGGGUUUGAGGAAACUGAACAACGUUGCUGAUACGGGCAUACCAACCUCUUGCAAAGAAGAAAUAGAAGCGUUAGAACAAGAAAUGCAAAUUAUGAGGAGUGGUAAUCUCUCCCCAGAGCAAGAAGCAGAAGUUAUUAAAAAAGAAGUCGACGUUCUCAAGAAAUACUGCAUGAAACUAAAAGCUAUCGAAGAAGAUAACGAAAGACUGAAAUCAGAAAGAGCCAACUUGCCUGACGGUGAUAAAAUGGCGCCUCUAGAUGCCGAAAAAAUUAAGGAAUUAGAGGCUGAACGAGAUGAUAUGGCGAAUAAAGUAGAAAAGCUGCAGAAGGAGCUACUGCAGUAUAGAGACCUGCCAGAAGACUUCGAGAUCUACAAGAACCGUUCAGACAUGCUAGACAACGCCCUAGCAGAACGCGACCAGAUGCAAUUCAAGAUAGAAAAGAUGAAAGAAAUGGAAAAGGAGCUAGAAGAACUGAAGGCCAAGGCUGAUAGAGCAGACGAGCUAGAAAAAACGUUAAAGUACUACAGCAAAACAGACAAGACUUCCGACUUCGAAAUGAAACGAACCCAGUCCAAAUGCCUCUGCCUAGAGAAAGAACUGCAGAACUCCAAGUGUGAGAAGGACGCUAUGUGCAAGCGCAUAGAGCUCAUGAAGAACGAACUAGACAGCCUCAGGUGCAAGGCUACCGAAGCAGAGAUGCUCAGGCUCGAACGCGAUAGGCUACAAAUCAAGCUCAACGAGCUGUCUCACGUCCAGGUCCACAAUGAAAACCUCAUGUUGAAGUGUAAAUGUCUAGAAAGCGCCGUGAUGGAGAGAGACGCCUACAAACAAAAGUACGAAGAAGUGUUGGGCAUGGAGUGCCAGUGUGAAAUGAUGCGAGAGCAAGUCGACGCUAGCAACAAGUUGAGGAGGGAGAAAGACGCCCUGGCCAAUCAGGUAAUGGAUCUGCAGGCUUGCAUCAUCGACCAGGAGGAUGAAAUCAAGAGGAUGAUCGCACAGAUAGACAACCUGAUGAGGAACAAGGAUGAAACACAGGGUAGAAUGAAGGACGCAUUGGCGAACAUGAGAGCUGAAGUGGAGAAGAAAGACCAGCUGAUAGCAGCAUCCGAAGAAAAGUUGGCAGCGGUUCAGGCACAGCUCAAGAGCUCCAUACAGGGCGUUUCGUGCGAAACGACAUGUUAUAAAACUAGAAUCGACGAAAUGGAGAGAGAAUUGUGUGGAGCCAGAUGUAAGAUAAGAAAGCUAGAGAGAGAAUUAAAGGAGAAGGAGGAAACAAUGAAAGCCGCUAAACAAAUGAACAAAUGCGAGUAUGAGUCGGUGGGAAAGAUGAGGAGAAAACUGGAAACUGCCGAAGCAGAAAAUAAACAGCUGCAGGAGAUUGUCAACAAAAUGGUUUCCUGGACAGGUGACGAGCACUCUCAAAAAAUGCUGAAACAAUCCAAUUGCGCAGUAAGACGAGUAAUCGAAGAACUCGGAAAGCAGUAUAAAGAAUGGGACCAUAUGCGUCACACCAAAGGUCCGAAAUGCAAGAAGCCCAAAUGCGCAUGCGUACAUCCUUCCGACCAAUCGGAUUCCGAACUCAAUGACGACAAGUUGAACGAGGAACUAAGGGAUAUCCAGAGGGAAAAGAAUAAGCUGGAGAGUUUUGUCAAGCAGAUACAGACGGGGGAUGGACCACAAGAGUGUGAGAGGGUCAAGGCAGAGAAUCAAAGGCUGCAAGAACAGUUGAGGGAGGAAGUUUGUAAGAGAAUAGCUCUCGAGGAAAAACUCAAUAAAAUUUAGUUCAA